AUGAUCAACUACAGACUAUCAAAGGCUUUAAAAGGCAUAGAUAAUGUAACUGUUAUUAAUAAUCAGUAUACAUUUGGAUAUCCAUGCAGUGACAGUUUAGAAGAAUGCACACCUUAUACUGUCAACCUCAUGGGUGGAACAUAUCUCAUUGAAGCAUGGGGAUCGGCUGGUCAAGCUCAUGUUGCUCAGAAUGCUAUUCCAGGCCUUGGAGGAUAUUCCUCAGGCGUUCUUGUAGUAAAAAAUUCGUUGACACUCUACUUAUAUAUUGGUUCUAUUUCCUUCUUUAAUUCCAUGUUUAUAUAUGUACCAAGUUCGGGUUAUUUCUUUGGAAUUGGGGGUGGAUCCUCCGAUGUGCUAAUCAAACUUUUGAUUGAUCUGAUCCUCUCUCACUCCGCUCGCGUAUUCUGGUUGCGGGUGGUGGGGGGCUCUGAAUGGGCUAAUUCUAAAGGCGGACAUGGAGGUGGCCUUGAGGGAGGAAAGGGAUAUUCACCGUGCUGGGAAGCAUCAUGUCAAGACUCAAUUUCUGGUGGUGGAAUUCAGACUUCUGGGGGAAAGGCUGCCCAAUCUUAUAAUGAAAUGAUAGGAAUUAAAGGAUUAUUUGGUAUGUCUCCAGUGAACUAUAAUAGCGCCGAUAUGGGAGGUAUAGGAGGAAAUGGAUAUUAUAGCGGAGGAUCGAUUGAAGUAGCGGGUGCGGGCGGUGGUGGAAGUUCUUUUAUUUCAGGAUAUGAAGGAUGUGUUGCAUUGAAUAGCUCGUUAAAUGAAAACCCAAGUCCAACAAAUUCAUCAAUUCAUUAUUCUGGAAUAAAAUUCUUUAAUCCCACAAUGAUACAAGGGAAUAACGAAAUGCCUCUGUUCAUCAAUUCAGGAACAAUCAAUUGUGGCAUUGGAAAUAAAAAUCGAGGUGCAAUAAGAAUUACGAUAAUCAGUGGAAAAAAAUGCACAGAAAAUUUAAGAUGCCAAAAUUAUCUUUCAUUUCUUUUAAUAACCUUGCCUAAUGUUAUUGAUAGUUGA